AGUGAUGGUGAUGCCGUUAGUUUACCCUAUAUUUUUACAGGAAUGGUGUAAUUAUUGAAGCUACGAUGCCCAUCAUUAUAAAAGAUUUUGCUUGGAAUGAAGAUGACGAUACUGUUAACAUAGUUUUGCCAUUAAAAGGUGUGAAGCCAUCCAAAAUAAGCAUAGUUUCCACAGACGAAUACAUCAAGGUCAGUUUUCCGCCGUAUCUGUUUGAGAUUGUACUUCAUGCUGCUGUUGACGAUGACAGGAGCAAAGCAAGAGUUGGAAACGGCAUUGUGCAGUUCUCAUUAUUUAAGCAAACCAAGGGUCUGUGGACGCAUCUCACUUCACCUAUGUUCGAUGAUAAGGCACAGCUCACGCAGAGGAGAGAAGAAGCAUUAAUAUUUGAACAGAAGAGAAGUGAGAGACAUGCUAAGGAGAAAGCUGUGAGAAAGCAGGAAGAAAAGCGAUUUGCAGUCCAGAAACAAAUGCAGCUGGAACAGGAAGAAAGGGAAAGGAUAGAAGCAGUCAAGGAGCAGGAACGGAUAGCAGCUACACAAGCACUGGAGGUUAUGCGAAUACGCGAUGCAGAAAGAUACCACUCUGUGGCAGAACCUUUGGACCAUACGAGCAAGACACCUACUCCAUCUAGUGACAGCAUUUCCAAUCCUUGUGAUAUGAAAAGAGUUUCAGCAGCUGUGAUGCAGAAGUCAAAGGGCGCACCACGUGUGACAGAAGCCAGUGUCCGUCCUGCUGGCACGAUCUCAGUGACAUUUUCACCUAGGGUGUUCCCCACGCCGACACGCGAGUCACAAACGCCCCUGGAGGAGGAGUGGUUGAAGAAGCAGGUAGAAGCGAGGAAGCGAAUUGAGGCAGAUGACAUGGACCUUACAGAGGAGGAGAGGGAUCCUGUGUGGCUGAAGGAGAAAGGAGACUCAUUCUUCACACAAGGAAACGUAGAAGGCGCGAUCAGUGUUUACUCCCAUGCCAUCCGCCUAAAUGCUAAACUGCCAGCGUUGUUUUCCAACAGAGCUGCCUGUCACUUAUUGGUGAGAAACUUUCACAAAUGCAUUGAAGACAGCUCCAAGGCUCUGGAGUUGUUGGUGCCCCCAGUGGAGGGAAACAGAGAGGCACGUGUGAAGGCGCAUGUACGACGGGGCACAGCAUUUUGUGAGCUGCAACUAUAUCCAGAAGGCCUCAUGGACUAUGACGCGGCUCUGAGCUUAAAGCCAGAUGACAGCGAGCUGAGGGCAGACACCUCGCGCAUCCGCUCGCACAUAGAGACAAGCACCGGGUACAAUGACAACAGCUAACGACAAGGAAGCCGUCUACGUGAACGACCAGGUUCAUUAUAACAGGAGUAGAUAAUAGAGAGGAGUGUGACAUCAAUAAACAAGGGAAAUUUGUCAUUUACU